AUGUCUUCCUCCUCAGGAGUUAACGUGCUGAGAUACACGGCCCUUGGCCUGGGCGUGUUCUACGGCUUCACACAUCAGCGAACGAUUACAGCAAGCCAGAAGGCCGCCGCCGCCACGAAGGAGUACGAGCGCAAGCAGAAGUUGAUCGACCAAGCAAAGGCCGAGUUCGCGAAGAAGAACCAGCCCGUCACAGCGGCGGCUGCUGAUGCCGGUGCCAACGUCGACCCGAUGGAUCCCAAGUUCGACCUUGAGGCCUACUUCAACAACCUGGUGAAGCAGAACCCGUAG